AUGACGAUGGUCCUGGAGAACCAGAACCGCCAGUAUGGCGGAAUGGGUUUUGAUCAUGUCUAUCCACAUAGUGUGCCUCACACUCAGCCACACUUUACAGAUCCCUGGACAGCCGCUCACACCACUUCUCACUCGACUCCUUCGGUCUAUGCGACGUCCAUGGGCAGCACCCAAAUUGGCCUGGCCCAUAUCAAGGAGGAGGCCGCUCGUCCUUCCACCAUCCCCAUGCCAUACUCCAGUAUCCCGGUUUCUGCGCCGUCAAUGGUGGCCGCUAGCAACUAUUCCACCACAACCUCCACAAGCUACCCCCCUCCGGAAAUGAUGGGUCUCUCUCACGAUAUCCCUCGUACCACCUUCGAACAGGCUCCCGCUUAUACCACUGCUCCCGCCAUGAGCACCUUCGCCCCCGCGAACUAUGCGCCGCUCAGCUAUGCACCCACAGUCCACCAGGAUAACCGCAGAAUACCCCAUGCUGAUGCUGCUCGUGUUGGUCAAUCGCAAGCUCCCCCAGGCCCAACUUUCGGUGACGCUCUUGAUGCCAGUCGUGGAAUGGUGGCGCUUAGCCAGGACUUGACCCCUCGCAAUGUUUAUGCCCCUCGAGCUUCGCGAGGCUCUGGCGACUCUUACGGAUUUCCUCUGGCACAUUCUUCCGGAUCCUCGAUUUCGUCUGGGGGAUCUUACCCUUACUACAGCGCAUCCGUGGCGUCCGUGGAGUCAUCCGUAACGGACUACAGCUCUACCACUUCGGAAUCUUAUGACAACGGCCAUCUUUCGCGAACCCUGCCCCGCCCAUCGAACCUGUUGACUGGUAGUGCUCCUCCAGGUCCUCAGUCCAUGAUGAGCCAAUUCAGUUCCAAAAUGCCGUCCAACACCCAGAAGAAGCACAAGUGCAAGGUGUGCGAUAAACGAUUUACCCGACCAUCAUCGUUGCAGACCCAUAUGUACAGUCACACUGGAGAGAAGCCAUUUGCAUGUGACGUGGAAGGCUGUGGCCGACACUUUUCCGUGGUUUCCAACCUGCGUCGACACAAGAAAGUCCACAAGGGCGACAAGGAAGGCGUUUCAGGCGAGGAUGAAGAGUAA